AUGAAAGCAAAUAAAAAUGAACUGAGAAAAAAAAAUAAAGAAGAAAUGAACAAAGAACUGACUGAGAUUAAUGAAUGGAAUAAUGGAACAAAAUUAUUUACUGAUAAUGUGACAUUGAAAGAUGUAAUUACAAAGUAUUUCCAACCAGAAUUAGAAAAGCCUUUUCAAGAGAAGAAAGAAUUAUAUGGGUCAUUAAUUGUAGAGAAUCAAACAGAUGUACACCAACUUCUAAAACAACUAGCAACACAACAAAUCAAUACAAAUAGUCGACAAAGUGAAAUAGAAAGUUCAAUCGAAACACCAAUGAGUUUUAUUAAAGAAGAAAUAAACAAAUACCACAACCAAAUAGAGAAGUUGUAUGAACUAAACAUCAUCACAGAAAAUGAAUAUACAGAAUAUUGCACAUAUCUGAAACGAAUGGAAGAAAUGAAUAAUAAACAAAAUGAGAAUAUCAAGAAACUAACAAAAAGAGAAGUUGAUAAUAAGAAAUAA